GUCAGUUUCCAUGCUGUCAGUUUCCAUGCUGUCAGUUUCCAUACUGUCAAAGAUCUCAGGCUUCAUUUGCAUUUUCAAAUCCUGGUCGAUGUCUAUCUUUGAUCAAAGGCGGAACAUGUGACGCAGCCUUAUAUGAACUCUUAAUUUUACUUCUUUAAGUUGAAAUAUGAAUUUAAGACAUCGAUACUGAUGCUAUGGGGCAAGUUUCACGUUGAUGACAAGAAACCGAAAGAAAUCAAUAAGAGAGUUUUGAUGAUGUCAUAGCUUUGCGUGAUAACAAAGAAACAGAAACUUUUCACUUAGGCCUUGUAGUGUCCUUGAAUUUGUCUUAAGUGAGAAAAACUCAAUCAUCACUGCUGCUAAAAUAAUAUACAUAUCCAAAACACAUACAUAUCUAUCCAUUGUAUGAAUAUAUAUUGUGUAUAAAAUGCCACUUGACGAUAUUCAAAAACAUAUUGACCGCUUACAGCAAGAAUUAAAAGAUCGUUCACUGAGUACUACAAUAGUGGAGUCAGGGAUACUAACCAUCAUCGUGUUAGUAACAUUGCUUGGUAAUGUUCUGGUGUGUCGUGCUGUUUAUCAAASUCCAAGGCUUCGUACCAUUACUAACUACGGUGUGGUGGUCCUUGCACUUACUGAUAUCUCCAUGGCAGUGUUCGUCUUUCCUUUGGUCCUGAGUGUCUUCAUCCUGGGCAAGAAGCCGUUCAGUCAUGUGGUCUGCCAGUUUCAAGCCUAUGCUGCAAUAGCACUGGUGCAAAGCUCCAUUUUCACAGUAACAUUCAUGUCAGUGAACCGUUACUUCAAGAUUGUCAAGGGUGACCAUGUUUAUCGUAAAGUUUUCACAAGUAGAAAGUCAAUUAUGAUUUUCAUAGUGAUGAUCCUUGUAGCUUGGCUUGGACCGAUCAACACUUAUCUACAAGGGCAAGAGUUUCACUUUCAUCCUGGAAAAAUGAUUUGCAUGUAUUCUUUUCACAAGCAGAAACCCGAAAUCUCCAUCAUUACAGGCUUCAUCUAUUACUUACUGACGUACUGCAUAACCAUCUUCUGUUACUGCAGCAUAUACAUCAAGGUGCGAUCACAUAACAAGAGGAUAGCCAACGCUGCACCGAGUACAACCAACAACACAACAACAACUAUCAACAGAAAGGAUAUUAACAUCACCAAAACAUUAUUCGCUAUAUUCUUGGUUUUCACGCUUUGUAUGAUGCAGUUGUUGGUGGUUGACUCUACCGAGGUCUUCUAUGGAGAGUACAAGCUCCCUCGACAAGUCUAUGUUUUGUACACAGUGAUGUGUGCUAUGGCAAGCGCAAUCAAUCCUUUUAUUUAUGGACUGUUUAGUCCAGCAUUUAGAUCUGAAUACAAGCGUAGCCUGCUGUGUCUAACAAAUAGGGUGGAAUCUGGACCUUCUACAGGAACUAAUAGUCAAAGUAUACAACGUAAAGACAGAGGUUUUACUUAGCCGUGAAAUAGAGUGAUCAACCACUUCACAUGAGUAAGCUAACAUCAAUGAUAUAAUGAAUACGUCACUGGAGGGUUUUCAGUCCUACGUGAUUAACUACGGCAUGUUCAGGAGGGCACCACUGACUUAGAGGAAUGACAAUUCAUGACAUAGAAAUAGAUAAGUCUAAUAGACAUAUUUGGACAAUAAAUCCUUCGUAUUAUUUAGUUUCAUCUAACAAUUAUUCACUGACUAUUAGAUAUUGGCUUCCAACUUAUCAUUAUGAACUGAUUGCAGAUAUCAUUAGAACUAGAUGGACUAAGUAAGCGGGUCAGAUAUAUCCAGAAACGAAAGAAUAAAGAACACUAACAAUA